AUGUACCCGUUUAUAGUCGGCACUCAGUGUGUUCAAGCGAUUUACUGUGGUACAUGCGAUUCUGCUGCCGCACAGGACACUUCUUCUGUGUUUCACUCGCAUUUACGCUCCCAUUUGCGCUACCUCGAUCAAUUCGCUCUUGAGACAAGAGCAGUGAUCGAAAAAGGUGAAAAAAUGUACGGUCCCGAUUUCAUGUUGCUUGACAAAAAAGAACAAAAAGAAAUCAUGUUACGUUUCUUUGGUCAGUUGUACGAAGACAAAGAUGUGGACGAUGAUGUUCGCGACGAAAUUCUUACGCUUGCUAUGCUAUUUAAGGAAAAGCUCGAGGAUAUGGGAUUUAGGAGUUCCGUUAUCGACAGCACUUAA